ACCCCGCCCCCACACCUUCCGGGCUCAGGUCUGGCGUCCCCAAUCCCACUGGGGACCACCCGGCCUGGGGGUAGAACGAGGGGUGCCCGCGGAUGGAGAGGAGAGCGGUCGAGCUGGCCCCAGCCUGACUGCCCAGCGCCAGGGGGUCAGCGAUUCUAGCGGAGUAGCCGGCGGACCCAGCCGCGCUAGAGAAGGAGAGGAGGCGGCUGACCCAGCCGCGCUAUAGAAGGGGAGGAGGCGGUCCACUUCCCGGAGGGGAGGAGGGAAGGAGGGCACCUGGCUGGCAUCCCGCCCUCCCGCUCCCUCCCUCCCUUCCUCCUCCUCCUGUUCAGCCCCCGCCCCCGCAGACCAAUCCGCACGCCGGCCGGCCUCUACCGCAGACGGGCCCGGGCUGCGGGGUGAGGGUCCCCGGUGGUCGGGGGUCACCGAGAGAUCCCAGGAUGGGCUUCAGGAUGCGCGGCCCGCAGCACCUGGUCCUCAAGGCUCUGCUUCUGUGCCUGGGCCCUGUUUCAGCGACCCUCCACGACCACUACUGUGAGAGCCUGGCCCCUGCGGGCAACACCACUGGGCCCCAGUGCAACGCCUCCGUGGACCUCAUCGGGACAUGCUGGCCCCGGAGCCCGGCCGGGCAGCUCGUGUCCCGGCCCUGCCCUGCCUACUUCUACGGAGUCCGCUACAACACUACAAACCACGGCUACCGGGAAUGUCUCACCAACGGGAGCUGGGCCCCCCGAGUCAACUACUCUCAGUGUCAGGAGAUCCUCAACGAAGAGAGGCGGAGGAGCAGACUGCAUUACCACGUGGCUGUCAGCAUCAACUACCUGGGCCACUGCGUGUCUCUGGGGACCCUGCUGGUCGCCUUCGCCCUGUUCCUGAGGCUCAGGAGCAUCCGCUGCCUUCGCAACAUCAUCCACUGGAACCUGAUCUCGGCCUUCAUCCUUCGCAACGCCACCUGGUUUGUGGUGCAGCUGACCAUGAACCCUGCUGUCCACCACAGCAACGUGGCAUGGUGCCGCCUGGUCACCGCCAUCUAUAACUACUUCCACGUGACCAACUUCUUCUGGAUGUUUGGAGAGGGCUGCUACCUGCACACCGCCAUCGUGCUCACCUACUGCGCUGAUCGCCUGCGCCGCUGGAUGUUCCUGUGCCUCGGCUGGUGUGUCCCUGUUCCCAUCAUUGUGGCCUGGGCCAUUGGGAAAUUGUACUAUGACAAUGAGAAGUGCUGGUUCGGGAAGCGGGCUGGCGUGUACACAGAUUACAUCUACCAAGGGCCCAUGAUCCUCGUCCUGCUGAUCAACUUCAUCUUCCUGUUCAAUAUCGUCCGGAUCCUCAUGACCAAACUCCGAGCAUCCACUACAUCAGAGACCAUCCAGUACAGGAAAGCUGUGAAGGCCACCCUGGUGCUCCUGCCCCUCCUGGGCCUGACAUACAUGCUCUUUUUUGUCAACCCCGGGGAAGACGAGAUUUCCCGUGUCACCUUCAUCUACUUCAACUCCUUCCUGGAGUCCUUCCAGGGCUUCUUUGUCUCCGUCUUCUACUGCUUCCUCAACAGCGAGGUCCGUUCGGCUGUCCGGAAGAGGUGGCAUCGCUGGCAGGACAAACACUCGAUCCGCGUCAGGGUGGCCCGCGCCAUGUCCAUCCCCACCUCUCCCACCCGUGUCAGCUUCCAUAGCAUCAAGCAGUCCACGGCUGUGUGAACUGGGAGAGGGGGCUGGGUGGCGUCUAGGGGGCGGCCCACUACCCGCCACAGGAUCCUGGGGGCUCAGCCCUGGGAUGACCACGCCUGAAGCCUCCAGCAGUGGGGGCAAAGUCCUAAGCCCCCUCAGCCACUUCAGCUCCCUCUGCUAAGCGGCCCGCUGGCCACGCUGGGGUCCUGCAUGACACUGACUCUUGGGAAAGAUGUAGGGUUGUCUCAGUGGGAGGAGUGCUGCCCAACCACCCCAGGCACCCCAGAAUCCUGAGACCCUAUCACCUGCUGCCAGCAGGAGCAAGGAAAGCCAGGGCAUCGAAUAGAGUCAGUGGGAUAGGCAGUGAUGGGGCCGAGGGGAGGGCACUGACCCUUCACCCAUCCCAACUCCCACGAAAGCUAGGGGGCACCUGGGUCCCUCAGAGAGACGUUGGGCCAGGGGUCCAGCAGUGCCUGGGCCAAGAGUGUCCAACCAACCAAAGAUGAUGGCAAUGUCAUUGGAGGCCACCAUGACCUCACCAGAAACCAUGGUGAUGUCAAUGAGGAUCGUUAUGUCAGCAGGGAACACAGUGAUGCCCAAGGGGGCCACAGUGAUGUCACUAGAGAUGGUGGCCGUGCUAUCAUCAGCCUGCUGAAAAUCCCUGGAAACCACAGCAGCUCAGGAACCAUGAUGAUCCCAUCACCUUGGCGCCUUCUCCCCAUCAAGGUGGACCCCGGCCCACCAAGCCACCUCUACGUAUGGCGCUCCCCCCCACCCAAGGCCCAUCUUUCCUGGAAGCCCCGAGAUCCCCGAGUGCCUGGCACCAAGGACAGAGACCAGAGUCAAGGCCAUCCUCACUGGGCUCCUCCUACAAAUCCACUCUCGCAACCAAGCUGGUUCUCCAUGUUGGCCCUGGGAGCCUGCCCUGGGUGGGCUUCGUGCCCCCAACUUAUGCCCAGGAAAGGGGCAACUCAGACUAGACUCAGCAUCACCUGACCCCCCAGCCUGCUCACUGGACUCACUGGGCAGAGGGCUUGGCCAUGGAAGAAAACACCAGACUCCUUGCAGACUACUGGCCUGCUGGCAUCCUUUCCACCUCCCUGUGGGCAGCUGGCAUCUGGAAAGGAGGGCAGGAGGGGUGAGGGACAAAGGAGCAGAAGGAUGGGGGCACAAAGAGGCAGGGGGCUGACACCCCACUGAAUCACGCACAUGUUUCCAGGGUAUAGUAGGGGGCCACGUCUAAUCAGUAAAGCUGUCCGAGUCCCUCACAUACCCCUUUGGUUUGCAGUCCUGCUUGUGUUGCUCCUGGGCAGAGGUGGCCCAAAGGCCCCAGGUUUGGUGGUAGGGAGCUGCCUGUCUGCUGUCCUGCCCAGAUCAGGCUGGCAGCUGGCACUGCACCACGACAUCUGGUGGGAAUACUGUGGCUGCUGAGCAUGGUAGGGGGAAGAGAGGGAGCGG